CGCUGUGCUGUUGCAAUUGUGGUACGAGGGGGUUAGUGAGAGGGGUAAGUGCUUGCACCAGGGGUGUUAGUCACGGCCCAUCUGCCCAUCGCCCAACACAUCCAUGGCCAUAUCCCAAUAGUCGUCAAUUACACAGACCAUCAUGAAGACUCAGCCACAGAAAUUUCAUUCUCCUGCAGUGUAGCCGAUGCAAUAAAGUAGUCAAUAAUAAUACCAAUUGAAUAGUAUGUGGGUUAUCCGAAUAAUAUCUCUGGAGUGACAAAUGCAUCAAGUGGACGAAAUAAAAUCAUCAAAUAUAGAGCAGACGAGAGAUAGAUUCAAUAAAACUAAAUUUCACAGUAAUUAUUGUAAAUCAGUAAGGAUAAAUCGGUAAUCCAUAUAAACGAUCAUACUGUCAAUUCAAGGAUGAAUUUAGUUAGUCAAUCCAAUAUAGUAACCCCUGGCUGUGUCAUUCUCAAACAUAAUCGAUAGUGUUCAAAUUUUUCUCGUAAAAUUAGUGACCGAGUGAUAAUAGAGUUUAGCUAAAAAAAAAAACUCUUCUUCCUAUUCCCGCGAAUUUCUACAGAAAAUAUACUUUUAAUAACAAUAUAAAAUUAGAUUCAAGGCUAAGAAAUAUUAGUUCAUAAUUCAAGUUAUCAAUCGGACAGCGAAAAAUUGAUACCAAUUAUCGUUUUUUGUUAUUGUUGUCGUUGUUGCUGUUAAUCCGGAAGUGUUACGGACUUAAAAUCAAGAUGGCUUUCGCAGCUGCUAGGAUGAUCCUUAAGGACAAAAGAAGGAAGCCAAGCAAAGAAGAAUAUACUCCUAGAAAUAGAAGCAAGGCUCGCAGUGCCAGUACAAGUAGCUUUAGAAGCCUAAGCCAGGCUCGCAACAAACCGGCUGAUGGUCAUGUAAACCAAAAGGGCUUAACGGGACAAAAAGCUCCUCUGGCACCAGGACAAAAGGUAGCGCCUGGUGCAAAAGGAGCCGCGAAACCGGCACAGAAACCUUCCGCACAAAAAGGUCAGGUCAAGGUCACACCAAAAGCAGCUUCCGUUAAAACCGGCAAGAAUAAAAAAAAAGGACACAAGCAACAGUAUGACCUUCGUGUCACCAUCAAUUUGUCCGAGUAUGGUCUCUCAGAAGAUCAAGUUGCGGAAUUUAAAGAAGCUUUUAUGCUCUUUGACAAAGAUGAAGAUGGCACUAUCACGAUGGCUGAGUUGGGUGUUGUCAUGCGAUCACUGGGACAAAGACCAUCGGAGACAGAAUUACGUGAUAUGGUGAACGAGGUAGAUCAAGAUGGUAAUGGAACCAUUGAGUUUAAUGAAUUUCUUCAAAUGAUGUCAAAGAAAAUGAAAGGUGCAGAUGGGGAGGAUGAACUGCGUGAGGCCUUUAGAGUAUUUGACAAAAACAAUGAUGGAUCGAUUUCCUCAAUGGAACUUCGUCAUGUGAUGACGAAUUUGGGAGAAAAAUUAUCGGAGGAAGAGGUCGAUGAUAUGAUUAAAGAAGCAGACCUCGAUGGUGAUGGAAUGGUUAAUUACGAAGAAUUUGUGACAAUCUUGACGUCGAAGAAUUAGUUCGCGGGGCGUGUAAUGCUCGUCAAAACUCUCGAACCGGAAAUCGACGUUCUAGCGCAGAAAGACGAAGGCAAUCAAGUUCCUCUCAAUAAGAUUGUAACGAAACGUUUUAUUCGAAAUCUUUCUUAUUGGAAGAACAAAGAAGAGGAAAAUUAAGAAGUAAAAAACAAUGAAGAGAAAAAUAAAGUAAAAAAAUAAAAAGAAAAGUUCAAUGAUAAAGUAGAAUACAAUAAAAUGAGAAAGAAGUUCUUAUAAAAGAAAGUGAAUUCUUCGAUCUCAAAAGUUAUUACUUUACAUAAGCAAGAAUUACACUUUUUUUAAGCUUUCACAUAAUAUACAGAUUUGCAAAAAGUUUUUCAGCACAAGAUGAAAUAAAAAUGAAAAAAAAAAAAAGGAAAAAAAUUUUAAAAUCUUUUGAAAACUAUUAAUAUUUUCCAGUAUAAUGUCAUUUACAUUGGAAUUUUUAUCAUCAUAAAAAAACUUUCUAAAGGCAAAUUGGCGAUAAAAUCGAAAACAAUUUUCAAAUAUAAAUCAUUGGCGUAUUUUCUCAAUGCCAACGAUAAGAUAUAAAUUAGAAUAAUUAUUUUUCUGAUUUUAAUUUAAGUAAGUUAUUCUAAAUAAAUAGUGAGAGAAACAAUGAAAGAAAAUUAUAACAAGGUCGCUCCUGAAACAAUCAAUAGAGCUUUUGUUAGUAUAUCUAUAUAAUUAUUAAUUAUCUAAAUAUAUAAAUAGUUACCUAUGCUAUUCGCGCCAUUUAUAUACCAUAUUAUACAUAUUGACUUACUUCGAUCAGCGCGUUAGAUAAUAUAAAGUUUUUUUUUUUUUUUUUUUUAAUUAAACAUUAUUAAUAAUUAAUAUUUCAACUUGGAAAAAAUGACGCAACUGUGUUGUAUUAUUAAUUUUAUUAGUCUUAUUCCGAACAUUGUAUUAUAUUUUCGUUAACGAAUCAUGUAAACAAUUUUAAUAUUUUAAAAAAUACGAUUUAUCAAUAUUCAUUUUAAUAUUAUUAUUAAAUUAUUUUUAAAAGUUAUUUAAUAAAAUUUAUUUUAUUUAUAAAAAGUUUUUGUUGAAUCUUCCUUUUUUUCUAUUAUAUGUUUUUUUUUUAAAUAAUAGCAGACAUUUAAAAAUAUGUAUGAAAAAACAUAAACUGUUCUCAUAAAAUUAGUAUUCGUAACAUUUUUCUCAUAUUUUUCACUGUCAUUAUAAAUAAUUUUUUAAACAUUUUUUUUUUUGUUUUUUUAUUUAAUAAAAAUAAACAAAUAAAAUUGUAUCACAACAUUGUUUCGUUGGUUAAUGAAGUGUUAUAUAUGAAAUAAAUCAAUUGAACGUCCUCAAUGUUUUUGUGAACGUAGAUAUAAAAUAUUAAAGUCGCUAAAAUUGAAGAAAAACUUGUUCAAAAUUAAAAUAAAUAAUCUUCUGGACGUUCUGUAGAUAUUAUGCGCUGCAUAAAAAAGAGAAAAAUUGUAUGUUGUUAAUAACAAAUUAAAUUGAAUGAAAUUUUUAAACCUGCACAAAAUAAUAUGAUAAAGAAAGUUGUUUCUUGAAAAUAAAACAAAUGAAUAUUUAAAUGCGAAAUGAAAAUCAAUUAUUGAAAAUUAAAAGAUUGAAAGUAUCAACAACAUUACAAUCAUUCUCUAAAACUUGAGCUCUGAAUUUGAUAUAAUAUAUAUUACACCUAUAUAAAUAGCACGCGCUUGUAACUAUUAAAAUUAGAAUUACGCACAUGUUAAUGUUAUAAAUAUUUGUUAAUUAGCAAGCUGUUGCUGUUGUGCUGCGUGCCAAAGACAAUCAGUGAAAUACAAUAAAGGUCGUCUUUGGUAUGCAGAUCAGUAUAAGUGUGAGAUUUGAUGACGAUAUCAUUCAUCGUUUUCAUUAUGUGAGGCAAGUACAAUAUAUUUCUAAAGAAAAAAUCUCUCAAUUUUGCACAGGGUUACGUGAAAAGAUACCACAUUAUUUAAAUUUUGAAAUUUAAACACCGAUUACAAAUAUUUCUAUAAAAAAAUACAUAUAUAUAUAUAUUCUUGUGGUAUUUUUCACGCCUUGACUAUUUUCGAAAAUGCGAUGAAGGACAGUUUCGAAAUAUUGAAACAGAAAUGUGAGAAAUAGAACUAGACAAUAAAACGUUGUGUUUCUUCAUUCGUUAUAACCGCAGUUAUAUAUCUAAGAAAAAAAAAACUAGAAAACGAUAUAUGAAAAAAAAAAUAUACACACAUAUAUAUAUUGUAUACAAAAAUACGUAUAUAUUUAGAGACAAGACUAUAUCUUUGCAGAUACAGUAACAGUCUAAUACAAUAAAAAUAGCUUGAUUUCAAUACUUUAUCUACUGAAAAGUAAUAAAAUAAUUAGAAAAAUAAAACAAAGUAUAUAAUUAAAAUUUUUAAUUAAUUUCAAUAUGAAUUUUUAAUUAUUAGCAAAAAACUAUUUUCAGAUAAGAUAAUCUGAAAAUUUUCUCGUUAUAAAUAUACUUUGUUUUAUUUUUAGAAAAAAGCAACUAACAUCUUCUAAUUACCCAUGAGAUGAUAAAGUGUAUAAAAUACACAUUAUUGAAAAGACGCUGGUACGUACGAAAAAAGUGAGAAAAACACAAAAAUGUACAAAUUAUUUCACAACGUGUUGCAGAUUUUCAACUGCAGUUCACCUGAAAUUAAAACUCAAGUAGUAACAAACAUUUUCUGCUAUACAAUUCGAGACACGUUGAAAUUAUAUUAAUAAUUUAAACGCGAAUUUUUAAUGGAAAUUAAAUUAACUUAAUGAAAACAAGAAAAGGCAAAUUUGAAAGACAUCAAAUUUUUAAAUUUCUGAAAAAUUAUAGUUGUUUACAGUAAUUAAAAAAGUUAUUAACAAUAGUAGAGUAAUUUAAAAUUAAUGCAAAUUAAACAUUUUGCUAAUUCACUUAAAUAUAUAGCAAUAUAAAAAAAAAACGUCCCGAAGACAAUAUUACAUCAUAUAUAAUAAAAGGGUUUAACUUUAUCAAAAUGAAUUUCGUUAAACCAAUUACGUCCAUGAAAAUAAGGAAAUAUUUUUAAUUUUUAAAAAAUUAUCAUCGAUUUGAUACAUGAAAGAUGUCAAGUUUACUUUCAAUAUAGAAUGAAAUAAGACCGGCAGUUAUAAACCAACGGCAACAAUAUUAAAUUUUGCAAUUAUAAAAUAUUUUCAAAUAUUCUUCGCACAUAAAUUACAUUAAUGAAUUUCAUUAAAAUUAUUAUAUUUGUUAAUUAUUAUUUACACAUCAUCGAUCCUGACGUGCUGCUCUUUAAAUCUGAAUUAGUAAAAAUGUCUACUAAUUUAAAUUAGUGACUCACUUUUUGCUUUAGAAUUAGUAAAAUUUUACUAAUUGAGAAGCAAAAAGUGAGUCACCAAUUUAAAUUAGUAAAACAUUUUUACUAAUUCAGAUUUAGAGAGUGAGCACACUUAAUUAAAAAUUUGUUCUUAUAAACACGUCCACUCUUAAAUCAAUUCAAAGCCUGUAAUAUUCAAUAAAUCAUCACGGUCUAAUCAAAAAAUAUUUUUAUAGAUUGCUGAUCGGUGCACGUCAAAUAUCCUAUCAUAAAAACGAGAUAAUUUACACAUAUUAUAAACUUAUAUAUAUAUUACAUUACAUGGUGCAAAGUUUUAUUAUAUUAAAUUUAUAUUACAACUAAAUAAUUAUAAAGUUACGAAAUACUUAUAUAUCUUAUAAAGAAGGAUGAGAGUCAUUAUUUUGUACGUCUUGAGAAAAUUAUUAUCAUUAAUAAAAAUUGACUUGGGCACAAAAAUCGAAACAAAAUUGUAAAAAAAAAGGAAUUUAUUUCGAAUUUUGUGCCUGUUAUAUUUAUUCUUUAUUACCAAUUUAUUAUUAUACUAAUUUUUAAUAAAAAUCGAGACUCGUCUUCCGUUAAUUCUGUACACCUUUGUUUAUAAUUAAAACAAAGGUAUCAAAACAGGAAUUCAAAUAUGUGAUUUAUUUUUAUAUAAUUGUAAAUGGAAAUGGAACUGAUGGAAAAUGAAUAUGAAUUAUAUUAUAUAUAUAUAACAAGUAUGAUUGUUAGUGUUCGAUGAGUAAUUCCCAUAAUGAAAAGUUUUUUAAAAAGUGUUCCUCUUCAACUGAAUUUUCUCUGAUUUUUUUAAAUCAGAUUAAUUUUGUUCUAAAUUUCAUCUAUUUUAUAUACAAUAUUACUAUUGAAUUGUAUUUUACAAAAAGAUAUUUUUAUUAUAAAAAAUUUAUAUAUAAAAUGAAUCAUAUCUUUGUACAGAGAUAAAAUAAGUAAAUAUCAUCGAACACUGCAAGUAUACGUAUAUAUAGCAAAAUGAGAUGUUUUCCAGACUUUGAGAAUAUAUUUUCUAAUAAAAGAUAUGAUGAUGGUUCUCAUUGAUUGAUAUCGUUUCGAAAGAAACGUGACAUAUCGACAAAAUAAGACACACGGGUAAAAUAAUACUUUCGAGGAGCCAAACUCUCCUAAAAAUAGGGGAAAAAAAAAUUAUUUUUUAAUUCUCUUAAAUUAUUUCCAUAAUAUAUAAAAUUCAUUUCAUUUUUCAUAAUAUAUAUAUGUUAGAAAUAUUUUCCUCAAAUAUUAACUACAAUUUUUACGCAAUUAUUGAGAAAGCUCUAUAACUAUAUAAAUAUUAUAAAGGUUUAUAAUUAAAGAUUUCCAAAUUGAAGUCUCUCUAUAUAUAUAUAUUUAAGCGGAAAAUAAAAAAUACUUGUUUCUAUAUAAAAGUUUUUAUAGAAUUCUAAUAAAGUUCUAAGAUGAAAAAUAUACUGAGCUUUUUUAAAACAAAUAUUAGAGGUGCUUUUGAAAAAGAAACAUAAAACGCUCUUUUUAAGAGAUCUAAGAAUUUUUGAAAAAAUAUGACAAUUUAAGACCAGAAUAUUAGAAUAAUAUUAUUCAUUCUUAUCUAAAUAUAUAUAUUUUGCAUAUUAUAAAAAUGAAAAUUUAUUUAUAAUUUGAAAAAAAAAUUUCUAAUUUUACAAUCAUUAAAAUUAAUUAUGCAAAAGGAGUUUAAAAUUAUUUCGCAUAUAUAUAAAAUUAUUAUACACGUGUUUCUAUCGAUAAUGCAUAAAAUUAAUAAAAAAAAAAAAUAUAUAGGCUCUUUGAAUAUGCCCUUCUCACUAAAAAUCACUAUUUAAUGCAUUUUAAUAAAUAAAUUUAGAACUAUUUAUAAACACGAUACACACGUGUUUCAAGAUAAGCGCAAAAGUAAUCAAAUAAUAUAGACGUGCAAAAGAUCUGACUAAAAUAAGUCGAACGAGGUCAUUAUUGUUAAUGAUUACUAUAUACUAAUAAUAAACAAUUAUGCAUAUAUAAUAUAAAUAUAAGUAUAAAGGAAACGUUACGCUGGCUAUUCUCAUGAGAUACGCUGCUUACAGGGAAUUUUCUUUUUUGUUGCAUCAAUUCAUCAUUUUCAUAUUAACGACGAUAAACAUCGUUAUAUUUGUAGAAUAAUUAUCCACAAGAACACGACAAUUUUGUGGAUAUAUAUACGAAUAAAAAAAAUCGUGUCAGUAGCAAAUAAAGCGAAAACAUUAUUUAAUUGUUAGAUGUUAAUUGUUUGUCUAAAAAGUAAAUAUAGUGAAAGUUAUCGGAGAAGCCUAUAAUUAUUAAAUUAAAUUCUAAAAUAUAAAUUCUAAAAAUUAUUUUAAAAAUUUUUUUAUCAAAUUUGGUUACAGUAAAUUUUCAAAUUGAAUUAAAAUUUCAAACUAUUAUUAUUGGUUUCUUCGAUAACUUAUAUUCCUUCGGGAUGUGUUUUGAAGAAUGGUCUAAAAACUGAAGAGAGAGAUAUAUAUAUAUAUAAUUAUACAUAUGAUAAAAAUCAAUAUUCCACGGCCGAUAGAUUAUAUAAUGAUGUUGAGAUAUAACUGUUAUAAAUAACAAAUGUCUUUCAUUACUUUAUUAAACGAGUACAAGUUGAUUAGUUAAACGCAUCUUUAAAAUGUACGCAAAUCAAUGUUCGAAAUGUAAAAAAAAAAAAUAUAUAAAGCAAAGAAGAAAACAUGAUUCAGUAAUUCAGCAAGAAUUGUAAAGCCUGAAAUUCUAAUUUUUUUCUCUUCUCUUAAAUCUUUUCUCAAUUUGUGAAUGGAAUUUUAAAUACAAUUUUUUAAUCCUCAAAAUUCUUUUCCACAGAAAAGUACAUUAGAAUUAAAAAUAUUUCAAAAACAAUUUUUAAUUUUAAUUCAUUUUACAGCUAUUUUGGAGAUUUUAUAAAAUUUUGACCGUCGUUGUGAACAAGCUCGAUAUUGCAAGAAAUAUGUUGUUUAAAGUACACGAACGGAAAAAAAAAUCGCAUUGUGAGUAAAAUAUAUUAAUAUUUUUACUUGAAUUCAUAUAAUAUAUCUAAAGGAAAGAAAUUUCUAUUCAAAAUUUAAAAUAUAUUUAUGAAUGAAAAAAUAAAUAAUGGAAAAUACAUAUAUUGAUAAAUGAAUGUAUUACAUAAAAAAAAAAGUUUCGAAUUCAUUUUUUCAAAUGCAUUUUUGAUGUAAAAUAAAAAGAAUUCGAGAAAGCGAUGGAAGAUAUAAUAGCGAGAGUGCCGUAUGUGUGUGUGUUGUUCAUGUCAUAUAUCUAAUUAGCACACAGGCAAUGGCGUGUUCAAAAAUGGAAUGUAUAACACGAUUAAAGCCAUUUUAUAAUGGA